AGAUCACCAUCGACCACCCCCACACCCACGUGGUGAAGUGCACCCAGCUGGUCCGAGCCAGCAAGGACUUGGCCCAAACUUCCUAUUUCAUGGCUACCAACAGCCUGCACCUGACCACCUUCAGCCUGCAGUACACCCCCCCCGUGGUGGCCUGUGUCUGCAUCCACCUGGCCUGCAAGUGGUCCAACUGGGAGAUCCCAGUGUCCACGGAUGGGAAGCACUGGUGGGAGUAUGUGGAUGGCACAGUCACCCUGGAGCUCCUGGAUGAGCUGACUCAUGAAUUCCUGCAGAUCCUGGAGAAGACUCCCAGCAGGCUCAAACGCAUCCGGAACUGGAGGGCCUCUCAAGCCGCUUGCAAGUCGAAGGCCGAGGAGCAGGGGGAGGAGGAGAGCCUGUCGGAGCAGACCAUCCUCAGCAUGAUCUCCAGGAACAACAGCUCCGACAUGAACAUCGCAGGCCUCAUGAGCAUGUCCACCUCCUCCACCUCCUCUUCCUCCACCGCCACCGCGGGGCCCUCCCUGCCAACCUCCACCGACUCCCCCCCCACCGACCGCACCGCGGGUCAGGACCCGACUCAACCUGACCAUUGGCAUCCUCCGGCUAAACUGGAGCUGACUCAGAGCCACAGGACUAACGAGAGCUGUUCCAGCUCCUCCUCUUCCUCCCUUCCCGAGCAUCCCUCGCAGCAGGACGGCUCCGGUUACCCGAAGCCCGGCCCCAAGAACGCUCCAGCGGCCAAGGUGUCGCUGAAGGAGUACAGAGCCAAGCACGCCGAGGAGCUGGCGGCGCAGAAGAGGCAGCUGGAGAACAUGGAGGCUAACGUCAGGUCCCAGUAUGCCUUCGCCGCCCAGAACCUGUUGGUGCAACAGCAGAGGGAGAGGGAGGUGCAGCAAGACUCCGCCGCCAACCCUUCCCCCAUCAUCCUCAAGCUGCCCCUAGGCGGCUCCGACAACCCCGAACGACCUCCGCCCACCGCCGGCGGCGGCGGCGGCGCCGAGAAGGGAGACAAAGCUUCGGCUCUGAAGCUUCGGCUGCCGGUAGCUGGGGGAGGAGGUGGGGAGAGGUCUCUGCCUUCUAAGCAGGAGGAGAUCAAGAUGCGGAUCAGGGUGCCAGGCGUCGGCGACAGGCAUGGCACCGCCGAGGAGAGUGGCAGGGGCCGGGAGCACAAAGAGAAGCACAAGGGGCACGCUGCCAACCAUCAUCACCAUCACCACAACCACCACUCUCACAAACACUUGCACCCCCAGCUGGUGGCUGGGCCCAGCGGGGUGCCCAAUAAGAGGCCUGGAGACUCUAAGCAGCAGCAUGGCAGUCAGCCUGGCACCGUGCCCCACAAGAGCUACGGGCCCUUGGCUGCCUCCCGUAAGCGCCCUCUGCCCGAGGAGCUGGCAGCAGCUGCUGCUGCCCACGAGCACCAACCCAAAGUCAGCAAAGCCUCCAAAGGGCCUGGGUUGCCUUUCCCUUACCCUCACCUGCCAGGGGCUGCCCACUUGACAGGGCACAGCUCGGAUCCGGGCAACCUUCCCAUGCCCCAAGCUAACAAAAUCCGAGGCGGUACCCACGGCAAAUCGGACAAAGGCCCCCCGGGGGCUAACGGGCACAAUGCCAACCAGGCCAGUGACUACCAAGACACGGUCAACAUGCUGCACUCGUUGCUGAGUGCCCAGGGCAUGCAACCCACCCAACCCCCCCACUUCGAAUUCCACUCUUACGGCGAGCUGGGCAGUGCCAGGGCUGCCCCUGGCGCCUCCAGAGCUGCCACCACCACGGACAAGCCUCGACCUCCUCCUCUGCCUUCAGAACCACCUCCUCCUCUUCCUCCUCUCCCUAAAUAAAACUCUGCCCCCCCUCCCCUCCUUCCCCCCCCUUCUACUACUGAGCCCAAACCCACCCCCACUCCCCCCCAGCAGCCCGGGGGGGGCACUCUGCAA